AUGGCGAGUCGGAAGGUGGUGCGGCGAAUGGCGGCGGUGGUGGCGGUGUGGAUGGGGCUUGCAGGCGUGCUGGCGGGGCUGGUGGCGUGGAGGGUGCAGAAGGGAUUCGAGGACAAUCGCAAAGCAGAGCUCGACACCUGGUGCGCCGGUCGCGCGCGCUCGCUGCAGCAGCAGUUCAUGCUCACCGCCGACCACGUGCAGGUGCUGGCGGGGCUGGCGACGGUGUUUGGCGGCGUGAGGACGAACCCCUGGGCGGUGGGCAGCUGUCUCACGCAGCGCCACUUCGUGCACCUCGUGGAGCGCACCGUGGCGGCACAGCCAUGGGUGCAUGCGGUGGGGUACAUGGCCGUCAUCAACGGAUCUGACAGGGCGGCCUUUGAGCGGAAGGCGCAGUGCAAGCUGUUGGACAUUCUGGGCAAGCCAGCCCCGGAGGCGGAUUGGUACAUGAACUCGCGCGUGUGGUUCCAGGAGAACCCGCCCAUGCCGCUGCUCAAGAUGACGUCCACGUGUGUCAACGUGCGCACGCACCCCUCGUACGGCCCCGGGCUCUCCCGCAUGUACCAACUGCCCACCAACCAGCUCAACAUGCCCUAUGUGCUGGAUAAUGGCGAGGCUGGCAUGGGCAUGGGCUUUCCAAUCUUCAGGGACGGAGUCACGACAUCCUCGCCGCUGGAGGAGAGGCGGGCAGCGCUGGUGGGGCUGAUAGCGGCGUCCAUCGACUUCAAGAGCCUCGCCGCCUUCAUCAUCAGCGAAGUGCUCCGCCAAGGCGUGGAGUAUUCUCUUGAGGUCUAUGACGUCACCCCCACGGAUUUCCUCCCCAACUCCUCCACCCCGCUGGGGCCGCGCCUGCUGUACGGGGUGGGCGACUUGCCUGAAGGUGACCCCAUGCAAGUGGCCAAGCUUAUUCCGCCUUCCAACCAAACCAUGCUGCAGCCACACCGCCACAAGUCCGUGCAGCAGAUCAACCUCACAGACACAUCGAGAUCGUACCAGCUCUGGUGCCGUGGCGCGGACACGGUCGUGAGCUGGACAACUGUCCUGCUGGCGGUGGUGAUCGUGGUGGUGGCGGCGCUGCUGGCGGGCAUUGGGGUGAGUGUGGCGUGCAACACACGCAGCGUGCACGAGAAGGUGACGGCACUGGCGGUGCUCAAGGAGAGAACUCAGGCGGCGGAGCGCAACAAGAGUGCCUUCAUCGCCAACACCGCGCAUGAGCUGCGCACCCCCAUCAUCGGUCUCAAGGGCAUGUUGGAGGAGCUGGCGGAGGGGGAGGUGGACGGGCGGCAGAGGGAGGACGUGGGGACGGCGGUGGGCGAGGUGGAGCGCAUCGUGGCGCUCAUCAACGUCGUGCUCGACGUCUCCAAGGCCGAGGCCGGCCGCCUCCACAUGGAGACACUGCCCUUCCACACGCGCUCCUGGCUCAAGGAGGCGCUGCACUCCCAUGCCUGCGCCGCCCACGCGCGCAACCUCACCUUCACAUGCCGUGUGGAUACGAGUGUGCCCGAGGUUCUGGAGGGGGACUACAUGCGCCUGCAGCAAGUGGUGGACAGCAUCGUGGACAACGCCAUCAAGUUCACGGCCAGCGGAGCCGUGUGUGUGCGGCUGCAGCGCCUUCCCCCCGACACCCACAUCCCCACCCACCUGCUCUCCCUCGGCUGCCUCGUUGCCGAAUCUACCCCCGGCUGCUCCUCGCCUGCUGCUGCUGCUGAUGCUGCAAGUGUGGAGCAGGCAGCAGGGCCUAUGUCACGGAGGGAGCAGGUGGAGCAGCGCGGGCUGCUGUGGGCAGUGAUGGGAAACUGGGACCCGCCGCUGCGCCAUCAGCUGUCUUCACUCAGCGCCCGCUUCUCCAUGAGCCCCUGGCGCACACCCCUGGGCGAGGGGGGGAGACGGGGGGAGGGGGAGGGGGACGGGGAACGGGAGGGGAAGGGGGAUGGGGAAGAGGGGGCGGAGGGGAAUGGAGAGGGGGAGGGGCAAGGGGAGGAAGGAUGUAAUUCUACAGAACACAAGCGCAGGGAAGGUGAGGGGGCUGCAGAACAAGGGAGAGGUGAGGGGGGGGGCGCAGCAGUGCGGGCAGUAGGUGGUAGGGAUACAGCAGGGGGUUCACGUGGUGUGCAGCAAGGGCGGGAGGAGAGUGGUGGGAGGGAAAAGGAAGGGGAGGGUGGCGCUGGUUGGAGAGGAGGGGAGGGGGCUUCAUUGAUGCACGACAAAGGGGAGGGGACAAAGGGCUUGAUUAGAGCGGGCCCUUGUGCUGGUGCCAGUGCAGGGGAUGCGCGCGAAGGGGGUGCACGUGAGGGGGAGACAAGUGGGAGGGGAGAUUGUGGAGUGGGUGGCACAUGUGAAGCAGGGAGUGCAGCAGCAGCAGCAGCAGCAGGUGGCGGCGACAGCACGGGCAUAUGGAGGGAUGCAGUAAGGAGGUGGUGGCAGGGGCCUGUUGAAGAGGAGAGCCCGGUGCCUUUGGGGGAUGCUGAGAGGCGGUGUGUGGUGCUGCUGACAUGUGAGGACACGGGGUGUGGCAUCGCAGAGGAGGAGCAGCGUGACGUGUUUCAGGCGUUCAUGCAGGCACACCAGAAGAGACAUGCGCAUGGCGGCAGCGGCAUGAGCCUUCACUUGUCUCGCCAGCUGGUGUCUCUCUUAGGCGGCAGCAUGGGUCUGAUCAGCACAGAGGGCUUCGGCACCACUCUGCAUGUCGCUGUGCCCCUUGCUGCUACAGCAUCUCCUCCACCUCCUGCUACUUCCCCUGCUUCUUCCCCUGCUGCUCAUCCCACUACUUACUCUGCCCCAUCUGCUGCUGCUAGUGGUGCUGACGGGGGGGCCGAGCGCAGCCCCGUUGCGAGAGUGGGCAACAGAAGCUGGAGUGCCAGCGAGGGGCUGGGAUGUGGAAAGGCGGAGGGCUCAAGUGUGGUGGAGAGGACGGGUGAGAAGUUGGUGAGCGCCAAGGACGCUCUUAAGGAGAUGCUUCACGGCAUGGCCAUCCUGGUGGUGGACGACAACGUCAUCAACCGUCCAUCCUUUCUCAUCCCGCUGCAACCCCCCUGCAUGCCCCUCCCUGCAUGCCCCCCCCUGCAUGCCCCCCCCUGCAUGCCCCUCCCUGCAUGCCCCUCCCUCACCCAGGUGGUGGACGACAACUUGAUCAACCGUCCCUCCGUUCUCAUAAACCCCGUGGUGGACGACAACUUGAUCAACCAUUCUCAACCCUCCGCACCCCUUUAUACCCCCUGUGCUGGCCAGGUGGUGGACGACAACUUGAUCAACCGGCGGGUGGCAGCGAGCACGCUGGCGCGGUACGGGGCGGAGGUGGCGCUGGCAGAGUCGGGCGAGGCGGCGCUGCGCCUGCUGCAGGCGCGCCACUCCUUCCGCCUCGUGCUCAUGGACCUCCACAUGCCGGGCCUUGACGGCUUUCAGACUACCGCCCGCCUGCGCGCCUUUGAGGCCGCCACUCAGAUGGCUCGGGAAGAACAGGGAGAACAGGGGUUGCAGCGCAUGCCAGUGGUGGUGGAGAGUGGGGCAGAGGGCGGGGACGGGGAGGUGGGCUGGCAGCCGCAGCAGCGCGUUCAUGUGGUGGCCAUGUCAGCAGAUGUGGACAGCACUGUUGCUGCCCUUGCCACAGAGGCUGGCAUGGAUGGUGCCGUGCAGAAGCCACUCAAUGAGAGAGUGCUGCUGCAGACGGGCAUAUGCACCACUAGUUACUACGCAUCUCUGUCAGAAUAG